AUGGAUGAAAAAAAUCCAACAACAGAAUUAAGUGUACCCAACAUAGAAGCAGUUGGAAGUCAUUUACAAGUCCAAGAUCAUGAGAUUAAUUUACAAGCGAUCAUAUCUAAUCCUCUUUCCAUUGGUGAAGUUGCUACUACAUUAACUGAAUCCCAAAAAUGGUUUGUUUUGAAAAGAUUACAUUUUGAUGCUUUAGUGUCAUUAGAUGAAUUACCACCUCAAGCUAGUUUUAUAUUUGAAAAAAUUGAACAAAUGACCACUGAAGAGGCGGUUGAAAUAUUAGAAAAAAACAUUGAAGAGCACGAGACCGAUGUUAAUAUUCCAGAAAAUGAUUUAGUUCUUUGGAAAGAGUUAGUUGAAAAUUCACAUAAGUUCACCAAAGUUCAAUUACAAGAAAAAUUGGGUAGUAACUCAUCGUCAUCAGUGGAAGGUGAGAAGACAGCUGACGUCGAAAAAGGUCACGAAAUUGUUGAUUGGGAUUUGCAAGUUCGUUUAGAAGCAGUAUUAGUUGCUUAUUGGUCUCCAUAUCCUGAGGUUAGAGCAGUUACUUUCCCAUAUGAUGAUCCAACUAUUCCUGCUGAAACUUUUAGAGUUUAUUUAAUUGCAAUCAUCUGGACCGCAAUUGGUGCUGUUAUCAACCAAUUUUUUGUUGAAAGACAACCUGCUAUUACCCUUGCCAUGUCAGUUGUGCAAGUGUUUCUUUACCCAUCAGGGUUACUCUGUGAAUGGAUUUUACCAAAAUGGAAAUUUAAAAUUUGGAAAUUGAGUAUUGAUUUAAAUCCAGGUCCAUAUACAUACAAAGAGCAAAUGUUGGCCACUAUCUUUUGUGGUGUUACUGGUGGUGGAACUUCUUAUGUUUCCAGUAAUAUUCUUAUGCAAAAAUCCGAAAUCUUUUACGACAAUAAAUGGGUUGACUUUGGAUAUCAAGUAUUAUUAAUCUUAUCUACCAAUUUCCUUGGUAUUGGUCUUGCUGGAAUAAUGAGAAAAUUUGCCGUUUACCCAACUAAAGCCGUAUGGCCAUCCAUUUUACCAGGUUUAGCAUUGAAUAAAACUUUAUUAACUCCAGCUAAAAAAGAAGUAAUUAAUGGAUGGAAAAUAUCUGGUUAUAAUUUUUUCUUUAUUGCAUUUGUUGCCUCAUUUCUUUAUUUCUGGGUUCCAGAUUAUUUAUUCCAAGCUUUAUCAACUUUUAAUUGGAUGACCUGGAUCAAACCUGAUAACCAAAACCUUGCAGUGGUUACUGGUUCAGUUGGUGGGUUAGGAUUAAAUCCAAUUACUACUUUCGAUUGGAAUUAUUUCAGUUCUAUGCUUCAACCACUUCAAGUUCCAUUCUUUUAUCCAGUUAAUAAUAUUAUUGGUAUGGCUAUUGCAUUCUUCUGUAUCAUCGGUGUUUGGUAUUCUAAUUAUAAAUGGACAGGAUAUUUACCAAUCAACGAUAAUGGUCUUUAUACAAAUACUGGAGAACCUUAUUCUGUGAGACUGGUUGUUGAUGCUAAUAGUUUAUUUGAUCAAGCAAAAUAUGCUGAAAUGGGUCCACCAUUCUAUACCGCUGCCAACUUGGUUGUAUAUGGUGCUUUCUUUGCCAUUUACCCAUUCCACUUUGUUUACGAACUUGGUAUGAACUACGAUCAAAUGUGGGAUGCUUUUAAGUCCUUCUGGAGAGUAAUUAAGGACUAUAAAAAAUCGACCUACGACGGCUUUGAUGAUCCACAUAGUACUAUGAUGAGAGCCUACCCUGAAGUUCCAGAAUGGGCUUAUUUAAUUAUUGUUGUCAUUUCUUUGGUAUUGGCCAUUUUGUGUGUCAAAGUUUAUCCAGCUGAGACACCAGUGUGGGGUAUUUUCUUCGCAUUAGGUAUUAACUUUGUGUUCUUAAUUCCAUUAACUACCAUCUACGCCAGAACUGGAUUUGCAUUUGGAUUAAAUGUUUUGGUUGAGUUAAUUGUUGGUUACGCCAUUCCAGGUAAUGGAUUAGCCUUAGCAUUCAUAAAGGCUUUAGGUUAUAACAUUGAUGGUCAAGCACAAAACUUUGUUAAUGAUUUGAAACAAGGUCAUUAUGCUAAACUCCCACCAAGAGCUGUUUAUCGUGUUCAAUUAUUAUCUAUUUUCAUAUCAUCUUUCAUUCAAUUGGGUAUAUUGAAUUUCCAAAUUAAUGGAGGUAUUAAAGAUUAUUGUGAACCUGGCAAUACUCAAAAAUUCACUUGUCCAAGCAGUAGAACCUUUUAUUCGGCAUCGGUGUUGUGGGGGGUUAUUGGUCCAAAAAGAGUUUUCAAUGGUUUAUAUCCAAUUUUGAGAUGGUGCUUUUUAAUUGGAUUCUUGAUUGCAUUCCCAUGUAUUGCCAUCAAGAAAUGGGGACCAAGAAAAUAUGUUAAAUAUUUCGAACCUUCAAUUAUCAUUGGUGGAUUCUUAAACUAUGCUCCAUAUAAUUUGUCAUAUUAUAUCCCUGGUCUUUAUGUAUCAUUUACAUUUAUGUCAUACAUUAAAAGAAAAUAUGAAGCAUGGUGGCAGAAAUAUACUUAUGUUCUUUCAACUGGUUUGAAUGCUGGUAUUGCCUUUUCAUCAAUCAUUAUUUUCUUUGCUGUGAUGUAUCAUGAAAAAGAUAUUAACUGGUGGGGUAAUACUGUUAUGUAUUCAGGUGUUGACUAUGCUAUGACAGGUUGGUUGAAUGCCACAGUUGAUGCACCAGAUGGUUAUUUUGGACCAAGAGUUGGUCACUUCCCUUAG